AUGAAUUCAAUUCGUCGUCUAUUUAUGAGAUCAACGCGUAAUACUAAAUAUCGGCUUCAAAUGACCAUUAUGAUUAUCGUGAUAUCGCUCUUCGUAUUGUUUGUGUAUACACAACGACAAGAACCGGUUGAACACGAAGAACUCGCCGAAAAGCCAAUAUUUGUGCCGAAGAAAGCGAGAGCAGUUGAACACACACCAGUGGUCGAAACAGUCGUGUCUGACUCAACCAACUGUGCUUACAAAAGUUGUCCGAAACUUGACGAUGAUGAACAUGUUGUUAACGUACAUGUGAUAUGUCACACACAUUUAGAUCCUGGAUGGCUUAAUUCAGUUGAUGGAUACUUUUUUGGCAUUAAUCAUGACCGUGGCGCUAACAAUGGUGGUCGUCCGCAUCGUCAUACUAUGCCAAGCGUGUUAACGAUAUUUAAUAAUGUUAUGGGUGCUCUAUUAGAAAAUGCCGAUCGUCGUUUUGUUAUGGUAGAAAUGUCAUUUAUAUGGCGAUGGUGGAAACGAUUAGAUGAAGAUUAUAAAAGAAUUAUACGGAAAUUAAUGGACGAAGGACGUAUUGAUAUUGCUGGCGGCAGUUGGACAUCGAAUGACGAAGCUGUCAGUCAUUAUGCUGCAAUGAUUGAUCAAAGUACACUGGGCUUCCGAUUUAUAAAAAAUGAACUGCGCACCUGUUCUCAGCCUGCUGUUGCAUGGCAAUUGGAUUUGUUCGGUCACGGAAGGGAAAUCAAUUCUUUGUUUGCGCACAUGGGUUAUGAUGCUAUUUUGUUCGGUCGGUUGGAUUAUCAAGAAAAAGAACAGCGAACGAAUGAGAGAACUUUACAAAUGGUUUGGAAAGUUAAUGAAAAUGCUCCGGAAAAUGAACGAUGGUUAUUUACGGGAAUUCUUCCAAAUUUAUAUCAUCCGCCUGAAACAUUAGCGCUCAAAUCAGAUGUUGCUGGAAGUUUACUUAGACCCUCGGAUACAGACACUAUGCAAGAAUCGGCUAGUAUCUAUAGUAAACGUCUACUUGAAGAACUUAAAAAACAGCACGAGAGAUAUCAAUCGAAGAAUAUCGUUGUUGUCUAUGGUGGUGAUUUUGAAUACGAAGAUGCCACACAGUAUUUUCAAAAUGUCGAUGCGAUGAUUUCGACGAUUAAUAGUAUUCAAAAUAAAACAGACAGCAAAUAUAAAUUUAACGUACACUAUUCAUCGCCGACAUGCUUUACAUAUGCUCUAUCAAAAGAAAAACGUUCAUGGCCGCCACGUGAAGGAGAUUUUCUCUCAUAUGCACAUCGCGCACAUGCAUUUUGGACGGGUUUUUACACUACAAGACCAGGAAUUAAAUUCUAUGAACGCUCGUUAGGCGCUCUGUAUCAAUCCCUUCGACAACUAAGUAUCUAUGCGGACCAUGUGAAUUUUAAUGAAUUAUUUCAACUAGCAGAAGUAAUGGGUCUAUUACAACAUCACGAUACCAUCACUGGAACUAGUCCAAUGAUUAAUAUCGCUGAUGCUCUACAACGAAUGCAUCAAGCAGAAAUGCUUGGACGAAAAAUGACUCUCUCAUUGUAUCAACAUAUUUUGACACCAACGGCAACAGCGAAUUGGUCGGCACCAUUGAUUUUCUGUCAACUUAACGAAAGUUACUGUGACCCACUUUCUAAACUCGAUAAAAAAUUCUCUGCUAUUAUCUACAAUCCUUCAUCAGUAGCAAAUCAAGUUUGGUUACGUAUUCCAGUCGCAGAUGAUCAAGUAAUGACUCUCGAUACAAAUACAGUCGAAAAGUCGUCCAUAGAUGCUCAAGAAAUCGGCACGAUCAAUCUAUCGCCUCAUUUGCUCGGCAUACCGCUUGUUAGUAAACGUACUCAACUCCGAGAAUUGAUCGUCCGUGUCCAAGUACCACCAUUAAGUCUCCAAGCUGUUCCUUUCUUGAUAACAAAGUCAAGUCAACAAGCUGACAAACCGACGCCUUCAUCUACAGCUUGUUCCAUUGAAAAUCAAAACUAUGUUAUAAAGGUUGAUGGCAAAGGUUCCAUUAUUUCAAUUAAAGUCAAAUCUAUCAGUAAAACACUUAGUUUCAAACAAACAUUCGGACAUUACACCAGUGCUAGUAGUGAUCACAUAUCACAUCAAUCUAGUGGUUUGUACGUUUUUCGUCCAAUUGGUACGGGUGGACCUCAAUUAGUCGACAUCAAAGAAUUCUACUGCGUCAAACGCAAAGGCUAUGAAGAAAUCGUUCAAAUUUAUCCACAAUUUGUCAAUCAAUCAAUUCGAUUGUUGGAUAAUUCAUCAUCUAUCGAAUUUGAGUGGGUUACUGGUCGCUAUCAAGCAAAUAUGGAAUUCGUCACGGCAUAUCAAAGCGAUGAUCUUGAUAAUGAUGGCGUGUUCUACACAGAUUCAAGUGGACGAUCUUUAAUGAAACGAAAACGUAAUCAACGUGAUGGAUAUAACUUCACACAAAGUGAAAACAGUGCUGGUAAUUACUUUCCAUUAGUUACUGGUAUCCUAUUGAGGGAUAAAAAGAAAGAUUUACAAAUGAGUAUAGUCACCGAUAGAGCAGAAGGUGGUGGCAGCGUUCAAGAUGGACAAAUUGAAAUCAUGAUUCAUCGACGUGUCAUAACUGACGACAGUUUGGGUGUGUCCGAAGUACUCAAUGAGGUUGGCAUCGACAAUCAAGCCUUGGUUGUUCGAGGACGUCACCUUGUGGCAAUCACGAAGGUUGAAGAAGGCAUGAAAUUCUUUCGUGAACAUGCUUUAAAGUCUGUUUGGAAACCAAUCAUUGCUUUUCGCAACGAUUCCAACGAUCAACCACUUGAUUAUAAAAGCUGGUCACUAUUGAAGACAGAACUACCGCCGCAAGUGAAUAUUUUAACUAUAGAACCCAUUGCUCAAGAGAAGAAUGUGCUAACAGUUCUUUUCCGUGUUGAACAUUUCUAUGAGCCAAAUGAACAUUCCACAUUAUCAAAAUCUGUAACAUUGAAUGUCAAUAAAAUUUUUAAUAAUCAUAAAGUCCUUGAUGCGAAAGAAAUGACAUUAGGUGGUAACAUGUACAAGAGCCAAGCAUUUCAACGACUCAAGUGGACGAGAGAUGCAACACCUGACGAUAGUAAAGGCCGUGAAGAAACGCCGGCGUUUGAUGGAGAAACGAUUGAACUAUAUCCAAUGCAGAUACGGUCUUUUGUUAUCAAACUAGAAAAACGUUGA